AUGGAGAGGAACGAGAAGAAAAGUCUGGUUACUCAAAUCUUCUCUUGGCCCGUCAAUUAUAUUCUCAACAAAGAUAUCCACAAGGAAGAGAUUAGGUCGAUACCAGACAUGUUUGGGUCCGUUGAUGAAUACCGUAACUGCUUUGUUCCUCUUCUCCUAGAGGAAACACGUUCAGAGUUGUUCUCCAGCUUGAACUCUUUGUACAAAGCUCCUGUCUUUUACACACGUUCCGUGGAAGCUACGGGGAUUAAACCGCCGAGUAGAACAUCAAACAAGCUCAACAUAUCAGUACAGAUGAGUAUGGCGGCGCAAGGAAACAGCGUCGAUGACUUAAACCCACUGGUUCUUGCAUAUGUGUUCUCUGUUGAAAAUGAGCAACACUUCACCGUUCAUUCCUCCAAAACCAUAUCCAUUGAUGAGAGGUUUUCGUUUCGUUCCGGUGUGUUUCUGAUGAAUUUAACCACAAACACACGUAUCUGGAAGGCUUUGCAUAACGGAGAGGCCAACUUGAGUCUCAUCAAAAGUGUCCUUCAGGCAAACACCGCGGAUACAGAGCAACCUGUUUCUUCUAGGAAUUUUGGUAAUGAUGUAAUGGAUAUUAUGCGUUCAGCCAACUUGAACUCUUCCCAAGAAUCUGCAAUCUUAGCUUGCCUAGAGACAAGACAAAUCCAUUACAAGACUAGCGUGAAACUGAUUUGGGGGCCACCUGGUACUGGCAAGACAAAGACGGUGGCUACGCUUCUUUUUGCUCUUCUCAACUUAGGUAGCAGAACAGUAGUGUGUGCUCCUACAAACACGGCUGUUGUAGGAGUUGCAUCUAGGCUUUUGGCGUUAUUUAAGGAAACUUCUUCAUCAGAACAUUCUACUUACGGGCUCGGGAAUAUUGUUUUAGUCGGAAACCGAGUUCGAAUGGGGAUAGACGAGAGGGGCAAUGAUGAUCUCCUCAACGUGUUUCUUGAUCAUCGCAUCAGUAAACUGCGUAAACUGUUUUCGCCAUCGACCAGAUGGGAUUUGGAGUCAGUCACAGAUUUUUUUGAGUAUACGGAGUCUAAUUAUAGGAAUUAUAUGUUCCUAAUUGAAAGAAGGGAGAAGCGAGAAGGUAAGAGUAUUCUUACAACAUUUGGUGAGUUCCUAAAGAAAAUGUUUCUUGGCUCAAAUGAAGGAAUGGAGAAGAAAGAAGCUAAAAACAAAGAAAAGAUUCUUACAUUUGGGGAGUUUGUAAAGCAAAAGUUUGAUGGGUUAAGUGAAACAAUGGAGAAGGUCCAGAAGGAUAUGGUGGAGUUGUACACACAUCUGCCUAAGUCUUUUAUAUCAUCUAACGAUGUGAAGAAAAUGCAUGCAGCUCGUCAAGCUAUUCGCCGAGCCAGAUCUUUCUUGCAGGAGAAUCAAGAAAGCUUUACAUUCGAUAGUUUUAACAAACUCAUCGGUGUUGAUUGCCUUCAGACUCUACGUUUUCUAUCAAAACGUUUUGAGACUCUAGGCUUGUUGGUAAACGAGGAUGUAAGGAGAUUCUGCCUACAAAAUGCACACGUCAUCUUCUGCACUGCCUCGGGUGCUGCAGAGAUGACAGCCGAACGGACAGGAUCUGUAGAACUGCUUGUAGUUGACGAGGCGGCUCAACUUAAAGAAUGUGAAUCAGUUGCUGCGUUGCAACUUGAGGGCUUACGCCAUGCUGUUCUCAUAGGAGAUGAGCUCCAGCUACCAGCAAUGGUGCAAAGCGAGGUAUGUCAGAAGGCCAAGUUUGGAAGAAGCUUGUUUGAGAGAUUGGUUUUGAUUGGCCACAAGAAACAUUUGCUUAAUAUCCAAUACCGUAUGCAUCCAUCUAUAAGUCGUUUCCCCAACCUAGAGUUCUAUGAUGGUAAGAUCUCUGAUGCUGACAUUGUUAAAGAGAAGAACUACCAAAAGCGGUUUCUUCAAGGAAACAUGUAUGGUUCUUUCUCGUUUAUCAACGUGGGACUUGGGAAAGAAGAGUUUGGUGAUGGACAUAGUCCUAAAAACAUGGUUGAGGUUUCUGUCAUUGCUGAGAUCUUAUCCAAUCUUUUCAAAGUGUCAAGUGAGACAAAGAUGAAGUUGAGUGUUGGGGUUAUUUCACCUUAUAAAUGUCAAAUUAGGGCAAUCCAAGAGAGGAUCGGUAAUAAGUACAGUUCCGUAUCAGAUAACCUUUUCACUUUGAAUGUUCGGUCGGUUGAUGGAUUUCAAGGAGGAGAAGAAGACGUUAUUAUCAUAUCUACCGUUAGAAGCAACGGCAACGGAAACAUAGGGUUUCUCUCUAACCGUCAAAGAGCCAACGUAGCACUGACUCGUGCAAGGCAUUGUUUAUGGGUGAUUGGGAACGAGAGAACUCUAUUGCGUAGUGGUUCGAUUUGGACAAAGCUAGUAAGGGACUCGAAGAUACGUGGAUGUUUCUAUAAUGCUGUUGAAGAGAAGAAUUUAAGAGAUGCCAUGAACAAUGCUCUUCCAAAGGUCGACAUGUCUGAUGUGUAUUCGAGUUUUCAGUCUCUUUCAAUCAGGAGAGAGAGAAGAAAUGCCUGGUAG